UCUUUAGGAGGAAAAAAAUAAAUAAAAAAUUGGCGCACCGGGAAGUCAGUCAGCUUUCCGGUUCCUGUCAAGAGAUCCGCUCCGCCACACCACAUCAUAAUGCCAAAAUCAAAGGAAGUGCUGUCCUCCACAUCUGGAAGUGACUCCGACAGUGAAGUAGAGACUAAGGCAAAGAGAAAGAAGUCAAGUGCACCAGAGAAACCAGCCAAGAAGCCAAAGAGCGGAGAGAGUUCCAAGCCAAGUGGCUCAUCCAAGGGCAGCAGUAACAGUGAUGACAACAUGUUCCAGAUUGGAAAGAUGAGGUACGUCAGCGUCAGGGACUUCAAGGGUAAAGUCCUGAUUGACAUCAGAGAAUACUGGAUGAACCAAGAUGGGGAGAUGAAGCCAGGGAAAAAGGGUAUCUCCCUGAAUCCUGAACAAUGGAACCAGCUGAAGGACCAGAUUUCAGAAAUUGAUGACGCCAUUAAAAGAAUAUAAGCAUCCCUUUCAAUGUUAUCUGUUGAACUAAUUUAAAGUGUUGGCUAAUCAGUUUUGUAAAAAACCUGGGAUUGUUUUCUAAUGGACUUUGUUUAGUUUGUAGUUGUAUAGAUUUAGUGUCGUCUGCAUACUCUGGUUUUCUGUGUGAAACUUGUUUUUGAGUUAUUCAAGUAAAGAUGUGGGUGGAUGGGUAGGUGGUUGAUUAUUACACUUGGUGGGUAGAGUGGAUCAAUACAGUGAUGUUUUUGUAUUGAAUAAUAAAAAAAUGAGGCACUAGCUUGA